GGCCUCGAGGCGCCCGCGUGGAUUGCAGUGGCGCUGCUCGUCACUUCGUCUCCUCCUCUCCACCACUCGUCGUCGUCGGCGGCGUGGCCAUGGCGACACCCGCGCCGCUCUCCGGCCUCCGCCCGCGCGCUCCCGCUCCCGCUCCCGCGGCGCGCAGUCGCCUGUGCGGCCAGUCGCCGCCGGUCGUGGCCCCGCGGCUCGGGGCGUUCCCGCGGCGGCGUGGUGGGGCGGCACGGUGCUCGCCGCGCGCCGAGGCCGGGGACGUGGAGGCGCUUAGGGCGGGGGUGUCGGUGUACAAGCCGCGGUCCUACGACGUGCUCGUCUCCGACGCCGCCCGCUCCCUCGCCUGCGCCAUGGACGAGGGCAAGACCCGCCUCGAGAUCGAGUUCCCGCCUCUGCCGAGCAACAUCUCUUCUUACAAGGGUUCCUCGGACGAGUUCAUCGACGCCAACAUCCAGCUUGCUCUUGCUGUUGCCAGAAAACUUAAGGAACUCAAGGGGACUAGAUCUUGUAUUGUGUUUCCUGACCUACCAGAAAAGCGCAGGGCAUCCCAGUUGUUCGGGACUGCUCUAGACUCGAUUGAGACUGCAACUAUCAGUUCCCUGGAUGAGGUAUCUACCGGACCUGUUAAUACCUUCUUCAGAUCAAUGAGAGAUACCCUGGAUUUUGACUUUGCUGACGAUGUUGAAGAUCGAUGGAAAUCUGAUGAACCACCAUCGCUAUAUAUCUUCAUCAAUUGCAGCACACGUGACCUUUCAACUAUAGAGAAGUAUGUGGAACAAUUUGCCUCAUCUGUCCCAGCCCUUCUCUUUAAUCUUGAACUAGAUACCUUGCGCUCUGACUUGGGGCUUCUGGGAUUCCCACCAAAAGAUUUGCAUUACAGAUUUCUUUCUCAGUUUACCCCAGUAUUUUAUAUCAGGCAGCGUGACUACUCUAAGACAAUUGCAGUCACUCCAUAUAUCGUGAACUACAGUGGUGCUGUAUUCCGUCAAUACCCAGGGCCCUGGCAGGUCAUGCUUAAGCAAGCCGAUGGUUCUUAUGCAUGUGUUGCAGAGAGUGCAGCUCGGUUCACUUUGGGACAGGCUAAGGAAGAACUGUUAAGAGUUCUUGGUUUGCAAGAAGAACAAGGAAGCUCACUAGAAUUUCUCAGAAGAGGAUACAAGAAUGCUACUUGGUGGGAAGAGAAUGUUGAUCAGGAGAAAUCGUCAGCAUGGCGAACUUGAGGUUGAGGCCCUGCUGCUGCCUUGUCUGGGUGCUGAUCUGAUUGGCGGCGAGUGCAGACAGGAACAGAAGAAAAAAAUGGUUGUCUGAAAUUGCAGAGCCCAGGCGACAAGGAUGCAAAUUGCCUGUGCUGCAAUUGUACAUUUUGUGAUUGUAACAUGUUACUGUGUGAGUAACAGGCAUUAGAGUUUUGAGAGGAUUUUCCUUUCUUUUUCGAUGAUUAUAUAUGUGUUGGACUCUGCUUCUUUGAAGCAUGAAGCAACUUCACAUUUUAAAUGGAAAUUCGUGUUCAUCCAA